AUGUCGUUGUUUUCUCAACCGCCGCCGAUGACGACGAAGCCGGAAGCUGCUGCCGCCGUCGCUUGGUUCUUCCUCCACUGCUCCCAGCGACAUAUUUCCUCUCCUCUCCGAUCCGUUCUCAUGUUGCAUCCCAAGCCACCGGUCCCCGCUGCUUCGUCAUCCUCGUGCCCUUCUCCAGCCGCCUCGCUGCUAGACUCGAUGUCGCGGUUAACCGCGGCUGUCGCCGUCAUUCGCGCCAUUGCCACCGUCAGACGUUAUGUUGUUAUGGCUGCCAUCGCCGAGAGCCACCAGGUGGGUGGCUAA